AAAACUUGCUUCUUAAUAUGAAGAAAAACAGAGGUCGGACAGGUCGAAAGAGAAGAAGGAAACACUUGCAGAGUUUUAUGAAUGGAGUGAACAGUAGUCACAAGCUGGAAUACAUUAAACUAAAGAAGUGGCUGAAAGACAGAGGAUUUGAGGACAGUAAUUUAAGGCCAGCAGAGUUCUGGGAUACAGGAAGAGGACUGAUGACAACAAAAGCCCUUCAGGCAGGGGAACUGGUUAUCUCAUUGCCUGAGAAAUGCUUGCUCACUACAGCUACUGUCCUUAGUAGCUCCUUAGGAGAAUACAUUAAAAAAUGGAAGCCUCCUGUAUCUCCCUUGCUUGCACUGUGCACAUUUUUAAUAGCAGAGAAGCAUGCUGCUGAUAAAUCUCUGUGGAAGCCCUAUCUUGACGUUUUGCCCAAGACGUACACUUGUCCUGUUUGUAUGGAGCAAGAAGUAGUCAGCCUUCUUCCUGAACCUUUAAGAAAGAAGGCUUGGGAGCAGAGAACCACGGUCCACGAGUUGUAUGUGUCUUCCAAAGCUUUUUUUUCAUCCCUGAAGCCAUUGUUUGCUGAGAACAUAGAGACUGUUUUUAAUUACAGCACCCUAGAGUGGGCUUGGUGCACUGUUAAUACCAGAACAGUAUACAUGAAACAUACACAGAGGGAAUGUUUCUCUCUUGAGCCAGAUGUUUAUGCUUUGGCACCAUAUUUAGAUCUACUAAACCACAGCCCAAGCGUUCAGGUAAAAGCUGCAUUUAAUGAACAAACCAGAAGCUAUGAAAUUAGGACAAAUACACAGUGCAAGAAAUAUGAAGAAGUUUUUAUCUGCUAUGGGCCUCAUGAUAACCAGCGACUCCUCCUAGAAUAUGGAUUUGUUACUACUGAUAACCCACACAGCAGUGUUUAUGUAUCAUCAGAUACUCUUCUCAGAUAUUUUCCACCACUGGAUAACCAGAGAAAUGCAAAACUUUCUAUUCUGAGGAAUCACGAUUUUUUACAAAAUUUGACCUUUGGGUGGGAUGGACCAUCUUGGAGACUCCUUACAGCCCUCAAGUUACUAAAUCUACGAGAAGAUGAAUUUACUUGCUGGAAGAGAACGCUGCUUGGUGAUGUAAUUUCAGCCACAAAUGAAGAGCAGACUUUGAACGUAACAGAAAAAAUAUGUCAUUUUUUAAUAGAGGAGACGCAGCACGUCCUUCUUCAGAUUUCCCAUUUGAAAAGGGACAAAGACAACCUGAAAGAUCACCUGGCUUUGGUAGAAGCUCUGCGCUUGGAAGAUCUGAAGAUUCUACAAAAAUCAGCAGAGAUUCUGUGCAACUUGAAAAACGCAACAACUUGACCCAUAUGGAAUUGUGAUAGCUGAGCUGACUGGAUGA